UUGCGUGGGCUAAAGACGUGCACACAGUCUCGCAGAAGACAAACCUAACUUCCUCCACCCUCUCCUCCUUCGCAAGUGUCUCUCUCCUUUACCCACCACACAAACCUACCCCCCCCCCAAAUGCCUAACGCUCUCUUAUAACAUUUCUCUUUCAUCUGCAGAUUAUUCUCUGUCUCUUCCUCUGAUAUUUAGAUCCUCUGUUUUCUCCGCCUACUCUGUUUUUUUCCUUCUCAUCAAUGGAAGCGUCAUUGUCGAUGAUGAAAUCGUCCGUCUCUUCCCCUGCGACUGUGUUCCUCGCCCAUAGACCCAAAGCUCCCUUCUCUGUUCGCUGUUCUCUUCCUCCCUCGAAGCCACCGCCACGCUCCGGAGCCAGCUCUGUUCACGCCGUUAUGACUCUCGCUGGAUCGUUGGUAGGGAAGAAACGAGUGGAUGAAAGCGAGAGCUUGACUCUGGAAGGUAUCCGAAACUCGUUGAUCAGACAAGAGGACAGCAUUAUAUUCGGUCUGUUGGAGAGAGCCAAGUACUGUUACAAUGCGGAUACUUAUGAUCCUACUGCUUUCGACAUGGAUGGUUUCAACGGGUCGUUGGUUGAGUACAUGCUCAAAGGCACUGAGAAGCUUCACGCUAAGGUUGGUAGGUUCAAGAGCCCUGAUGAACAUCCCUUCUUCCCUGAAGAUUUACCAGAGCCUAUGUUGCCGCCUCUGCAGUACCCUAAGGUAUUGCACUUUGCUGCUGAUUCGAUCAACAUAAACAACAAGAUAUGGAACAUGUACUUCAGAGACCUUGUUCCAAGACUUGUGAAGAAAGGCGAUGAUGGUAACUAUGGAUCAACAGCUGUUUGUGACGCUAUCUGCCUUCAGUCUCUUUCAAAGAGGAUCCAUUACGGUAAAUUUGUUGCAGAGGCCAAGUUCCAAGCCUCGCCCGAGGCAUAUGAGCCUGCCAUCAAAGCACAAGAUAAGGAUGCGUUGAUGAAUAUGCUGACAUUCCCGACGGUUGAGGAAGCGGUAAAGAAGAGAGUUGAGAUGAAAACACGAACAUACGGGCAAGAAGUGAAAGUGGGCGUUAAGGAAAAAGAAGAAGAAGAGCUGAAUAAUGAAUCUCAAGUUUACAAGAUCAGUCCUAUCUUGGUCGGCCACUUGUAUGGAGAUUGGAUCAUGCCCUUGACAAAAGAGGUUCAAGUGGAGUACUUGCUCAGAAGACUAGACUGAUAAAUAAAUGGCUUUGGUAGUAUACUAGUAUGUUUUUUUUUUAAUGGAAUGUUUUUUGGUUUUUUUUUUUUUUUUAACUUUACAAAUCUCUCAAAGGUUAAUUCACAACUAAACUAUAGUUCCAUGUUUGGUUUUCAAGGUUACUUGCAAAACAAAACUGUGUGGUUUAUGUA